CAGAGAAUCAAGGACGCCGGGUGGUGUCUGAAGAGAGGGGAGGGUUGAAAUGGCGCGGCCCCAAAACUGCACCCACCACAGCGGCCAGUUCCCCCUGUCCUCCGAGAUCUUCCAAGUGUUCCAAGCCCAGCUAUGGAUCUUCCUCAUUCCCACGGCCCUGGGCCUGGUGCAGCUGGGCCUGUUCCUGGAGCAGACGGGCUUCUUUCUACGCCGCCUGGGCGCCUCCCGCAGAACCAGCCUCUCCCUCUGGAUCCUGGGGGUCUACCCGGUGUUCAGCAUCAUGUCCCUCAUUGGCAUGUACAUCCCCCGAUCCUCCUUCGUCUGCAACUUUGUGGCGAACAUCUACCACUCCAUCACCCUGUGGAAAUUCCUGGACUUGGUGACCGAUUUCUUUGGGGGUUCGGCCCGCAUGGUCCAGCGCCUGCGGGGUCAGCACGUGGCCCCAAACCCCUUCCCCUGCUGCUGCUGCUGCUGCCUCCCCAACAUUUCCACCAGCUGGUCCAACCUGCGCUGGAUGACCCUGGCCGUGUACCAGCUGUCCAUCAUCAGGACCAUCCUCUUCUUCAUCACGCUCAUCCUCUGGACCGACGAGAAGUACGACUACGGUGAUGUGAGCUACACCAACCCCAACUCCUACAUCAACGCCAUCAUCGGGAUCUCUACCCUGCUGUCCUUCUACGGCUACCUGCUCUUCUACAAGGCCACCAAGCCGGCCCUGGCCGGCUACAACCUGGGCUCCAAGUUCAUCUGCAUCAUCCUGGUCCUUGUGGUGUGCGGCCUGCAGAGCGGCAUCCUGGAGACCAUGGGGGCUCUGGGGGCCAUUCCCUGCCAGCCUCCGCUCUCGGCCGAUACCCGCUCCCAGAUUAUCUACUACUACUCCCUGGUGGUGGAGAUGUUCCUCAUCAGCCUCUUCGCCCGUUACUGUUUCCGACGGGACGAGCUCAGCCCGGAGAGCCCCACCGGCACCAGGAACCAGGCCUCCCAGACGCAGGCGCCCCCUAGAGGCGCUGGGGAGGACAGCGCCUCCCUGACAGGCCUCAACCCCUGCUGCUCCCCCGACGAGAGCCUCUGCCGAAUCGAGCACACGCCGCUGGAUCGCUUCCAUUUCAGCCCCGGCUUCCCCCGACCCGGCGGGGGGCUGGGCCAGGGCUGGCCAGCUGGAACUCCCCCGGGGGCCCUCGAGAUGGGAGAGCUGAGUCCCGGGGUCCCAGCGAAUGGGUCUCCCCCCAGGAAAACCAACGCCCAUCCCAACGGAGUCCAGAACCAACCCGGCACCCCUGACGUCACCGUGGUAUAAGCGGGACCCCACCCCACAUGGGGCAGGGAGCAGGCAGAGGUAGAAGACAGAUGGUGUUAAUCUGCGGAACUCCCUGCUACAGGAGACGGCAGGAGGCGACGCUUCCCAAGAGAAUGGGGGGGGCUGGCUGACCCCCAGAAAGAAUGGGGAUGAGGCAGGAGCUGGAGAUCAAAUGCUAAGUGCUGUUGUAUAAUUGGGGUGAUCUAGGGACCCCCUGUUCUUACGAAUGGUGGGGGAUAUGAAAGCGCUGUGUCGCGGGAGGCCUCUCUGUCUACCCAGCACGGCUGCUAAGUCUUUAAGCAGAGACCUCCCAGAGGACGCACCGGAAGAGCCACUCGGCGAGGCAGAGCGGGA